AUGGGUUAUCAGUUCGAGCCGCCAGUCGCUAAUAUGAAGUCCAGCCCAAGCCACUCCCCUUGUCGCUCAGACGGAAACUCGUCAGAGCCGCUCAUACUAGACAAAAAAUAUUUUGACGACAAGCAGAGCAUCAAGCCCUGGCUGCACUCCCAGCUGGUGUCCAAGGGCAUCAAUAUCGUUAUCGAGCGGUCGGACGAUACCAAAAUAGUGUUCAAGUGCAAAAAUAGCCACAGUUUUGCUUCCAACGCACAUUCCCCAAAGACGGCCAAGGUGUCCAAGCCGGCUACAAAAGACGUCGGAAAAAGACAGAAGAGUAACUGCUGUCCCUUCAGAAUAAGAGCCAACUACUCGCUACGGGCGAAGAAGUGGUCCAUCGUCGUGGUCAACGACCAGCACAACCAUGCCCUUUAUCCUUCGGGCUCCAGUCAGGCCGAUUCGGACUCGAGACCGGAUCUCGGCUCCAGUAUCCAGAAACCUGCGCUCACGGCGCCUCUGAUCGACAAGAGACGGACUUUUGGCCCUACGAACACGCUACUUAUGGCCGCUCAGACUGCCAACACCCAGCUGCAGCCCAUGCCCAAGUUCCAGUUACCCUUGCCCAUAAAUUUUGGACACAUGCAGCAAACUCCAGUGCAGGCCGGAUCCGACUCUUUGAGCACGUCGAAGUCAUCAUCCUCGUCCUCGUCGCCCAAACUGUCGUUUGCAGAGGGUGCCAAUCCGGCGGUGAAGGACGCCAAAGCAGGCCGCAGCACGCCGCAGCAGCAGCAAAGGCUAAGCGUGCUGCACAUCGAGAUCAACAACCUGCUGCUCCACCUGAACACGUCUUCGGGUCUGUCGGAUGCCAACAAGGAGGAGACCUAUUUCAAGAUCAUCUCCACGCUCAAAGACACUCUCAAACAGCAAACUCCACACACCUACUCGCCAACAUCCGGGACUAACAGUCCCUCGCACACACUUUCGCACAGCACCCUAUUCAACUACACCACGAACAACCCUCAGGGGUCGUCGUCGGAGAAGAUCAUGCUUCCGUCGAUAUCCAACACUCUUCACGGAUCGCUGCAGUCUAUCAGGACGGCGAACGGAGCAGGCGCAGUGGGGGUCAACGCUGGUGGGUCCUACAAUCAGUACUACUUAUGA